AUGGCGUUUCGUUCCGUUUUAGAUCAACCCGUCGAUAAGCCCGACCAGCCGGUGAAUUUCAGCGGUCCACUAGCGUCCAUCCAAAGCGUGACGUCCGCGCAGAAAUCGUCCACGGCCGAGCAGCCACCGAGAACGAGGAAUGACGGGACUCGGAAGUGCUCCGGGCGAAGCUUGGCCGAUUCGAAGGGCAACGACGAUGAGUCUCGAGGCGACAUAUGCAGAAUAUGCCACAUGGGCAGCUUUCCCAGGCCGGAGAACAACCGGCCGGCGCGUGAAAGGCAAAGCCAGGCCGUCCGAGGGAAUGACAGCCAGAUAUCAAACUUAUCGUCCUACGCGUAUCUCGGCCCUUUGAUCUCCGCGUGCAGGUGUCGUGGAUCGGUGGCCCUGGUGCACGCAGUGUGCCUCGAAAGAUGGUUGACAGAAUCGGGUCACACGAGGUGCGAGCUGUGCGGAUACAAAUACGCGACUAAAAGGGUCCCGCGUCACAACAUCUUCCGUAGCGUCGUGAUAUGGUUCAAUACCGUAAUAGUCACCCGACAAAUGCUCUUGGACAUCCUCUAUUUAGUGGUCACUACUCCACUGGCACUGUUCUCCUGCUACAUUUGCGCGCUGGCCCUAAACAUGUUGCUGAAAAACGGUCUGUACGAGAUUCCAUGGAUGCUCGUCGCGAUGCUGCCCACCUGUACUUUGACUCUGGUCGCGUAUUGGGGCUGGGUAUUAACUUUGGGCAGAUUGCACGGGCGUCGAUGGCGUCGUUACUGGCGAAACAAUUUCGUGAUCAGACUGGUCCCCGACAACGCCAUCUUAUCGGAAGCGACCUGUACGUUAGGGCCUAAGUCUGGAGGUCUAGUUCAUGGGCCUAGAAACUUAGAAGUCUACAGUUCCAGAGACCUAAAGGCCCACAAGUCCAAAGAUCUAGAGAUCCACAAGUCCAAAGAUCUAGAGAUCUACAAGUCCAAAGAUCUAGAGAUCCACAGGUUCAGAGAUGUAGAGGUCUAG